ACAAUCUUUAGAAAGAAGCCGAUACUUUGAAGUUUGAAUAUCUGUCGUUCGAAUGUUUUUCAAGCCUGCACCGGCUAUAGCCUUAGAAUUAAUUUACAACCUUCCCAGAUGUGGUACAGUCAGCAAAUCAUUGUCUUAAUUCUUUGCCAGAUCCACUUGUGGAAAUCUAUUUCAGAGAGCAGGUCCUUAACGGAUACCAAGAAGAAGAACGAAACCAAACCCGCCAAACAUGAUGUACAUUUUAUGCACAGGAAAACUGUUCGAAGUAUCCACCCCCACUCUAACCUGACUCGAAUGAUUCUUGGGAACGUGUCUGUGGCAGAUGCUGUGGAAAUCUCGGAUGUGAAGACGUCGUCUAAUAAAGAAUCCGAUUUGCCAGUUCUUAAAAACAAUUACAUGAACGAGACUUUGGCGGGGAAAGACAUGUCACGCCUGUUAGAUGCCGUGUUCAAAACCUAUGAUAAGCGAAUUAGACCCUUUUAUGACGUUAAGACACUAGAUGUCCAAAUGGAUUUACUUAUCCUGUCCUUUGGAGAACUAAGUGAAACCAAUAUGGAAUUUUCAGUUGACUUAUACAUGGGGCAGUUCUGGCGAGAUCCUCGACUAGGAUUCGGUCUUAACAAAACUAUAAUACUUAGCGGAGACGCAACAAACAAGCUCUGGCUCCCGGACACAUUCAUUAUAAAUUCAAUCGACACGAAAAUCCAUCAGCUGGUAGCUGUUAACAAGAAGGCUUGGGUGCAUCUAGGCAAUGGAACGAUAAUGUUGGUUUUGAGAUAUACCGCUCGAAGUUCUUGUAGGGUGGACCUGAGAGAUUAUCCUUUGGAUGAUCAGAUUUGUCACCUGGCCUUUGAAAGCUUUUCGUUCGAAAACACGGAUCUAAAUCUGACUUGGAAGCAAGCAAUAGGAACCGACAUUUACAUUUAUGACAAUGAAAUGGCACAGUUUGAUAUUUUAACAGCAAGAAGAGCUGGGAAACACAGUGUUUAUCAUUCUGAGACAUUUGCUGGUCUUACAGCCACGAUACGUUUCAGGCGUCGAACAAUGUACUAUAUCUUCCAAAUGUACAUUCCAUGUAUCUGCGUUGUCAUUCUGUCGUGGGUGAGUUUCUGGAUUGACGAGACGGACGGAUCUGAUCGCGUUGGACUGGGGAUAGCCACGGUACUAACCAUCAGCUUCAUGCGGGGCUCAAUGAAUGACAGCGUGCCUCGCGUAUCUUAUCUCAAGUCUGUGGAUUAUUUUUUGUUGGGUUCCUUUGUAUUCGUGUUCAUGACGCUGAUUGAGUACGUGUUAGUCUUGAAACAGACUAGAAAGGAAAAGAAAAAGAAGAAUGAGAAAAAUAAAGAAACGAUUGCGCGAGAUCGGCAGCGCGAGGCUGAGUUACUGUUCCCCGAAUCAGAGGACGAGAAGGUGUGUGUUACAGUGUCAGUUGGUAGUAAAACAUACGACUUUAAAAACGGUAGAAUAAAAACGGAGGAUAAUUCGGAGGCCAACUGCAACACGCAUAAUGGUGGCGGAAGAAACGUCAGAAUUGUAGAUCCGCGGAGCAAUAUGCCAAAGACUAAACGGAAGCCGCCAAACCGCGCGCAGCUGAAAAAGCUUCAUAGAAGGCCCUCCAUGAUUCAGAUGAUUAGAAAGACUAUUGAAGAAGGCGAAGAGGAAAUCUGCUACUUGGAUAAGUACUCCAGGAUCUUCUUUCCUCUUUCGUACACUAUCUUUCUGGGAAUAUACUUUGGUAUCUACACUGUGCGGUGGGAAAAUAUCGUACAGGGCGAACAAAUGUCGUAGAACCUUAAUAGAUCACUUAUUUUUAUCUGGUUAAAGAUGCCCUUGUUCUGUUACUUUUCCAAAUCUUGAGCGAAACACAGUCUACUAUGAUUCACAGUGCAAUUGUUUACUGAUGCAAGAGGUGUUUACUUGAGAGGAGGAGAUAAUCAGUGAGAUCCGAUUAUAAAGAAAGCUAAUGAGUAGCCUCAUCGUUGAAUUGGCUGACACAUGUUGCGGGAGCCGCUUCUCGUUAUUAUGAUAACAGAUAUCUAUUUUAAAGCGUUAAUUAGCUUGCAUCGUUAUUAGAGUAUUAACAGCAAUGCAGUUGACCACAAAAGAUACAGUCGAACCUCCACUAGGGGCCACCUCUCCACAACGGCAACGACCACUAAAGCGUGCCUCAAGUGCCAAAGUAACCUCUCCACAACGGCCAGUUAAUCAACGACUGACGAACAGUGUAGGCAAAACCCCAUUUUUUUGUUGUAAAAGCUAAGGUGACGAAAAUGGAUCCACACUGCUCAUCGUUGGUCUCAGUUUCUGUCUGGGUCCUGUUUCAUCAAUAUGUUUUGAUUGUUUUACAUAUUUACAUGCUACAAUAGGCAUUUUGUAAAGAUAAGUAUGUUGCACCCCCGAAAAAAUUCAAGUAUCAUAUUACACCCUCACCUCCUUAUAACUGUUACCUCUCUAUACAGGCCACUUUCCUCUGUCCCCAUGGUGGGCGCUGUAGAGAGGUUCGACUACUAUGUGUAACCGGAUUGUCAACUGACACGGCACAUAUUUUUGAUGGCUAGCUUUUCCGAUUUCUCAUAUCCAAGGCGUAAGGGGUAGGAUUUUAUGUGCGGCAAAAUAGGUCGUAUUCGUUUUCUCGGUAUUGAACUGGAACUAACUUGCAAUGGAGUCUCAUGUGGGGAAAUAUCAUUAAAAAGAGAAAAAUGUCAUUUGUAUUUGACAAGACUCCCCGCGUUAGCCUCAGUUGCAAGCUAGUUCCAGUCCAAUACCGGGAAUACGAAUAUGGUCCAUUAAGAAGUCGCCGGCUUGUGACAUGGACUCCGCACUUUUAUUUAAAACAAAUUUAGGGUUCCAUGUCCAUUCCCAAAUUUAAAAGUACUGGGCGUUGAAUGUUUUUUUUUUUUUCUUAAUUUCAUCCAAUGAAAUCACGUUGGCAUAGAAAGUCAACUGACAGCACUGUUGAAAUGCUGAUUGCUUUGUCGUUGUUUAAGAUAGAAAAAAUAUCCUACAAUGAGCUUACUUUUAAACAGCCGUGUUAAUGAGCUGGACAUACUCUGGUGUUGGUUAACAGGUAGAAAAUAAAAGAUACGAUAUUUUAGUUACCCAAACACUGUUAAAAAAAGGGGAAAAGACCACAAUGUAUUUCUAUGUGGAAAUUUAAACUUGUACAAAACAAGCGUACUUAGAUGUAACCAGAUAUAACUAAAUAAUUUGUAUUUUUUUUUUAAAUAUAAUACUUAUUCUUACUAAUUUUCGCAGGUACUUAAUUUCGCGAAAAUUCGGAAGCGGAGUCUCGCGAGUAUUACAUUUCGCGAUUCCAGGGGAAAAAAAACUGUAAACAAGUAGAUUUAAUUUCGCGGUUUCCCCAUUGCUUUAAUCUCCCAAAUCUUGAUCUGUGGACCCCGUUUCACUACCAGGUGCCCACAAAUGGAAAAUUUGAUGACUUUACUAAAUAUAUUUUGGCAGAAUUACAAGCUGAAGAUCACAGUGAAUCGAAGAAAGAGUGCUAAAUAGUUGAAUACAAGACCCAAAGACUAUAUUUUCAAGGACAGAAAUUGAACAGUUACAUGUACCAACAAGACCGUGACUCAGAACUUUUAAAAUCCGUGCAUGUUUUGUUUUCCGACAUAAUCUGUUGUUAAAUUUCGCUUGUUAAUUUUCGCGCUCUCUUUUUUUUUCGCGAGUAAUAAUUUUUGCGACUUUUUCCAAAACGCGAAAUUUGCGAAAUUUAGAACGCACGAAAAUUGGUGAGAAUAAGUUAGUUUUGUUGGAUAGAGACUGAAUAAUCUGCAUUCCCUUUAUAUAAGUUAAGGUAUCUUGAAAUCUUUUAAUAAACUGCAAACUAAUAUUUUACUGACUCCAUGUAGAAAUAACUAUCCUUGAUAAUCAGCCAUUUUGCUAUUCUUUUUAUGAGAUGAAAGUAUCUAAGUAUUCCACGACAACAAUUUAUUUAUAGUUUCUGUCAUAACAUAUCUCUUUUCUUCUUGUCCCAUAGUAUUAUGGAGGUCAUUUUAGCGCAUCGUAUUAUUUGCAUACCAGCUCCCGCAUUUUGGUUUCAAACUACAUUUCGAAAGACAUAUAGAUUAAAUUAGAAUAAUAUUCAACAUAUUGCAGUGACGAAAUUGGUGGUACUGUUACUCAAAGCCUGAAAUAAUUCCCAUGCAAAGCUUAUUUCGUUGUAAUUCUGGCCCACCGGUUUUCUUUAACUAUUUUGUCCCAAAGGCGUAAUGUUUGUAUUUACGUAUACCAACAAAAUUGAUCUUUUUUUGCUUUUUCUCCGACUAGUAAUGUAAAGCACUUUGGCUCCUGAUGGGUUGAAAAAAGAUGCCUGUCUCUAACACUAGUGUUAGAGUUUUAACAACCUGCAGGAUCAGUUUUUACUAGCAUUUUACUGCGUCUUGGCAUAACUCUCUCGAGACUAAGGAAAAAAGUCCUCCAUUGGUUGAGUUCAACAUCAUCGCCCAGAUUGCAUACAGCAUAUCCAUGUGGGCAAAACAAACGGAAAAAAACCUCACGACAACAACCGCUACUGUUACUGCUAGACCUUGAGAAUGCACACAUGGAGGUCAUGAAUUAUAUUUGUUUUCAAAACUAAAAAGAACCCUCUUCACGUUAUUACAUUAUUACUCCACGUCCUGUCACGUUACAGUAUAUAAGCGCAGGAUUGCGUGACCAGCUUCCUCAAGCAUAGGAACGAGAAACCAUAGAAUAAACACGGUUAUGGUAAUGAAGACAGCGGAUGAAACACCAUAUCCCGCCAGUUCAACAAGUUCUCGCGUUGCUUGGUUGAUUAAACUUCCUGCUUUUACAACUAAUAGAAGAAGCAAAUGUAAAAUUGCACCAACGAUCUUUUCUAUAAUGAGAGCUGUCCCAAAACUGAUCUCCGACACUAUUCGAGCUGCCAACACGAGCAGAAUUUUCAAGACCUCGCGAAUCAGUCCAAAGAAUACUUGAAGUACUGUGUAUAUUCCUUCCCCCGUAUAACACACCAAGAAUAGGUAGAAAUUGCAGAUAACAUAUAGAACCAGACGACCUAGUUCAUGGAUAAAGUUUCGGAAUAUGAAACGAGCAAGAGAUGUGUCAGUUUCUUUCGCUUUCUUUGGCGCCAUGUCAAUUUCGCUGUAGAUGUUCGUUUCUUUAAGAUGACACACGCCGGAGCUUUCAAAUGUUCGCUGGUUUGUCCUCACGCUUUAGGAUGAGUAUGAAGAUAAAGGUUCCAGUAAUUUAGCAAAUAUUCUGCGAAUUGCCGGCAUUCGCAUUCAUGUUCGAUUGUUUAUCGACCGUUCUGAUGUAUUCAAAAAAGCGGGACAAAAUCGAAAUCUGAAUGUACCAAUACAGAGACUCAUCUUUGCUUCAAAUCAGUUCAAAUUAAUA